AAUGGCAGCCGGCAAAGCGUCCUUGGUGGCUUUUAGUGUUCGCUUUAUUUUAAAGAAAAAGCUCCUAACACGGUUCUCAGUAUGUUCAUGCUUCAAUAACGGCACUAAACAAGGAUUUGCAUCAAAUGUACUGUCUCACUCCAUUGAAAACUCCAUUGCAACAAGCACUCCAAGCAGCAACUUCAGCAGACCUCUCGAACACUACAACAGUCUCAUUCAGCGUGGAAUACUACAAGAAGAUCAACAGCAAAGAGCUGUUCUGCAGGAUCUAGAUCUGAUGCAGAAGAACCUCAGAGGCUAUAGCAACGAAACUGCAUCUUUUCUUUCAAGAUUAUUCUCCAGACAAAGGCCACCAAAAGGUUGCUACAUCUAUGGUGAUGUAGGUACUGGGAAAACCAUGGUGAUGGACAUGUUUUAUGAUCAUGUAGAGAUCACAAAGAAAAAGAGGGUCCACUUCCAUGGAUUUAUGUUAGAUGUGCACAGAAGAAUCCAUCGGCUUAAACAGAGCAUGCCCAAGAGAAAAGCAGGGAAAAUGGCAAAGGUCUAUGAUCCUAUUGCACCAGUUGCAGAGGAAAUCAGCGAAGAAGCCUCCCUGCUAUGCUUUGAUGAAUUUCAGGUCACAGACAUUGCAGAUGCCAUGAUUCUCAAGCAGCUCUUUGAAAACCUCUUUCUCCAUGGUGUUGUAGUUGUAGCCACAUCAAACAGACCUCCAGAUGAUUUGUACAAGAAUGGAUUACAGAGAGUGAACUUUGUGCCAUUCAUUGCUGUGCUUAAAGAGUAUUGUAAAAUACUUCGUCUUGACUCUGGAAUAGAUUACCGCAAAAGAAAUCGACCUGCAGCUGGAAAGCUAUUCUACCUCUCCAGUGAAGACAAUGUAGAUGCAACCCUGAAUGAACUCUUUGAUGAAAUGGCAUUCAAGCAGAAUGACAUAACCCGUCCCAGAUCUCUGACGGUACAUGGCAGGACGGUGACGCUGAACAAAGCCUGUGGGACCAUUGCAGACUGCACAUUCGAGGAGCUGUGUGAUAGGCCUGUAGGAGCCAGUGACUACUUAGAAAUCUCAACAGUGUUUGACACAGUGUUCAUUCGCAAUGUUCCUUUACUCACUUUAAAUAAGAAAACCCAGGCCAGGCGCUUUAUCACUCUCAUUGAUACAUUCUAUGACCACAAGGUACGAGUGGUGUUGCAAGCUGAAGCGCCUUUGGAGGAACUAUUUGUGAAUGAAGGAUACCAUGAUGAUGAGAGGAACAUUUUAAUAGAUGACUUGGGCUUAAAAAGGGAUGCUGCCAAUUCACUGUCAAUCUUCACUGGUGAGGAAGAGGUGUUUGCCUUCCAGCGUACAGUCUCGCGCCUCACAGAGAUGCAGACAGAGGAGUACUGGGUGGAAGGGGACCGGAGCUCUUCAUAGCACAUGUCAAUAUCAACUUCAGCUACAGUGGUUCUAUGCCACCUUGCAGAAAUCCAUAGUUCUCUGUUUUGGGAGGACAUUGGAUCGUCUCUAUGAACAAUAUUUUAUUCAAAACUGUACGGUAUUUUACUCUGCUGCACUUUAUUCUAUAUUUCUGCAGGAUAACAAGACCUGUAAUUUUAGUCUGCUAAUGAAAUGCAUUCAGUUUUUUUGGAUGCAGUUUUAACCUCCAUCAAAUGUACAAAGGACACUUCAGGAGAAAUAGACUUGCCGAAUCAGCAAAAUUCAUACAACAUGCAGCAUGCAUCCCACCUACACUUUCACCAAACUGUAAAGAAGUUAAUUGUUUUAUUACUGUAACUUAUUAUUUCAGUGGCUGUACCAGAAUAUGUAACUGAUAUUCAAUGGCAAUAGUGCUUGCAUUUUCUUUGAGAUCUUUUGGUUAUCAAUAUCGUAACUCAAAUGUUUACUACUUGGCUUUUAUUUUAUUUAACAAAUAUUUACAAUAUCCAGUCCAAUUUAUAUGAAUACAAUAAUCAAUUUUAUUCAAGUACAUAAAAAUGAAGUCUCAAAGAUAUAAAGCUUGCCCCAAAGUCCAUAUCGAGAAAUUCUUGACUUCAUGUUUUAAUUGAAAUUCUUUGCUUUUUACUUAAGUAAAAAGCAGAGCACUACAUUUACCUGUGGCCUGUUUUUUAAUUUUGAAUCAAGUGAAAAUUUGAUUAGCUUUGUGCAUCACUGACGAUGAAUGUAAUACAACAGUAAGUGUAGGAGCAUGGAAUUGGCUGUCUGCACAUUGUAAGUAAGCAAACUCACUGCGCACAAAUUUCAUGUCCAGUAUCACGGUUUUUGUUUGGCGAAGUCAUACUGAGUGGGUUGGAAAACAAUGGUUAGAUGAUGUAUGUCCUGAUGAGAGGUUACUUCUGCUUACCAAGAGUUUGAAAAGGUGUUUGAUAUGUAAAUGAUUCAUUAUGACUGCAUUUGAACAGGAACAGGUUUAUUUAUGAAGUCAGUAAAGCAGAAAGAUUUUUUUUUUCUGGACAAUGGGAGAUUGUAUGUUUUGUUUUUAUUUAUUUGUUUUGGUUAAAAGCUUUCCAAAUAAAUUAUACAGCAGGUUAA